UCGGUUUAACACGUGGGUAUCUCUUACACUUAGCCCAUGAAUCACAAUUUACAAAGCCUUUUAAGAUCUUCUAAUGGGAAAGCCCACAUUGUUCCUUAUCUUCUCCAACUGAUCCGACUAGAGAAUGUCACGCUUAUCAGCUCUAUCUCCGUUCUCAGAAGCUGAAAGAACCAGGUAAUACCCAAAAGCUAUUCACUUUAUUGGGUCUGUCACAACUCUAGCAAGUGUUUCUUGUUUUGCCAAUAUUCAACCAUCUGUCUGGCCUUUUGGUUUCAAUGGCAGAAACAUCUCGUAUAAUAAAUUCAGACAGUUAGUUUGCAAUGCUAGUUUGAUUGAUAGCUGUUACUGUCUAACAUGGCUUGUUUUUCUGUCACUUGCAACAAUGGAUUUCUUAUUUCUCUAGAGAAAUUUGGAGUUCGUGGUGGAAAAACCAAGUGUUUAGCAUUUCGUCUUAUUUCACUUGACUUUCCCUCUCUGGGAUAUCAGCAUGGAUUGUCCUGGAACAAUGAACUUAGUUCACCGAUUGAUAAGAAAUGUGGCUUGGGGUUGUAUAGUUGUAAAUAUCAACGUGGGUUUUCUUUUAAGCAUGGAAUUGAGCCACUUAAAAGUGGAGACGCUGGAGAUAAGCAGACCCACUUAGGUAAAAGAGAGAAUGGUUAUGUGAGAUUAAGAAAGAGGUUCUCAUUAAGAUUACGCCCGAGGUUAAGGUUAUCAAGCAGAAGACCGAAAAUGGUUUCGAUUAAGUCAAUUUUAAAUGAUAUUGGAACCUUUUUGCGGAAGAAUAUAAGACAAGUGGCGAUUUCAACUUCAAUUUCUAUUGCAUUGGGGGUCUGCUAUUUGUGUUUGAAGUUAUCUGCAUUGCCGGCUCCAAAGGUUGUUCCAUAUUCAGACCUGAUAUUGAGCCUUCAAAAUGGGUCUGUUACAAACGUUUUACUUGAAGAGGGAUCUCGUCAGAUAUUUUACAAUACAAACUUGCAGAGUGUUGUGAAUACUGGAACAUCGCGUGAGGAAUACCCAGCAGUAAAUGUUGCUACUAUGAAUGGAUCUGCUAAGGUUGCAACAGAUGAUGGUUCAAGCGGUAGACAAGCACGAAAUUCGAGGGUAUUGAAAAGAUUUUUGAGAGCUCGAGCUUCUAACCCGGAGUGGCCGUAUUCCACAAGAAAAAUCGAUCAUGAUGAAAAAUUUCUCCUUAGUUUGAUGAGAGAGAAGGGAAUUACAUAUAGCUCGGCUCCUCAAUCAAUGUUGAUGUCUUUGAGGAGUACAUUGAUAACUGUGAUAUCUCUGUGGAUUCCUCUGAUUCCUUUGAUGUGGCUUCUUUAUCGGCAACUUUCUGCUGCUAAUAGCCCAGCAAGAAAGUGGCAAUCUAAUAAUCAGAUGGUUGGGUUUGAUGAUGUCGAGGGUGUUGAUGCUGCUAAGGUGGAGCUUAUGGAGAUAGUUUCAUGUCUGCAAGGAGAUGUUAGCUAUAAGAAGCUAGGAGCAAAGUUACCUAGAGGUGUGUUGCUCGUAGGGCCUCCCGGAACAGGGAAAACAUUACUGGCCCGUGCGGUUGCUGGAGAAGCAGGAGUACCAUUUUUCACUGUUUCUGCUAGUGAAUUUGUGGAGUUGUUUGUUGGAAGAGGAGCAGCCCGUAUUCGAGACCUUUUUAAUGUGGCAAGGAAGUGUGCUCCUUCAAUCAUAUUCAUUGAUGAACUUGAUGCAGUUGGAGGGAAGCGUGGUAGAAGCUUCAAUGAUGAACGUGACCAAACGCUAAACCAGUUGCUGACAGAAAUGGAUGGAUUUGAGUCGGAGAUGAAAGUGGUUGUUAUUGCAGCCACUAAUAGGCCCGAAGCAUUGGAUCCAGCCCUCUGUAGGCCUGGCCGCUUCUCCAGAGCAGUACUUGUAGGAGAACCAGAUGCUGAAGAAAGGAAAAAGAUCUUGGCUGUGCAUUUGAGAGGAGUUCCGCUAGAAGAAGACACGCAUCUUAUCUGUGAUCUAGUUGCUUCUCUUACUCCAGGUUUUGUAGGUGCAGAUCUUGCUAACAUUGUCAAUGAAGCUGCUUUGCUUGCUGCUCGUAGAGGUGGUGAAAAUAUAUCAAUGGCAGAUAUAAUGGAAGCUAUUGAAAGAGCAAAAUUUGGCAUCAAUGAUAAGCAACUGAGACCUAGUACAUUAAGCAAGGAGCUUGGGAAACUGUUCCCGUGGAUUCCCUCUCUGGUGGGAAGAAAUGGCACCGGACAGGAUGGACUGCAAGGUCCUUUGGGCUAUCAAACUCUCAGCUGAUAAGUAUGUUCACCUCGUAUUGUUACUGAGAUUUAUCUGCCAUAAGAUUCAUGAAAUUAUAAUUUUUGAAUGUCUACUAAAUGCUGAUUCAUAUUCUUCUACACGAGAAAUAGCAAUAGUGAUAAUAAAUACAAAAUGGUUAUGUUCUA